AUGAUUGGGGUGAGCGGUGACUUGCUCCUUCCCACCGGCCAAGACGAGGAGCCGGUAGCCAACCUGCUGCUCUCCGGCGAAGAGGGGACCAGUGCGGACGGUGACGACGGCGCUCUUUCCCUGGCCCAGGCCCUCCUCCCCGUUUCUGACCCCCCGUUGCCCCAACUCCCGUGGGUGUGCUCCACCCGCUACAAGACGGAGCUCUGCGCUCGCUACGCCUCCACGGGCUCCUGCAAGUAUGCCGAGCGCUGCAGUUUCGCCCACGGCCUGCGCGACCUCCACGUGCCUUUUCGCCACCCCAAGUACAAGACGGAGCUGUGCCGCAGCUACCACUCGGCGGGCUACUGCUACUACGGGAGCCGCUGCCUCUUUGUCCACGGGGCGGCCGAGCAGCGGCCCGUUCCGCGCCGCGCCCGCCGGAACGUGCCCUGCCGCACUUACAGCAACUUUGGCAUCUGCCCCUACGGCACGCGCUGCAACUUCCUGCACGUGGAGGAGGCAAAGUGCGACAAGAGCGCCGCCAACCUCCAGCAGCGGGGGCGGUGGCGGCGGCGGGAAGCCUUCUGCCACACCUUCAGCGCUUUCGGCUUCUGCGUUUACGGCACGCGAUGCCACUUUCGGCACGCCGUCCCCAGCGCGGUGAAAAGCGCCGGCCCGAGCAGCGCCGGCCCGGCCUCGCCCGCUCUGGAGUCGCCGUCGGUGUCGCCCUCCGCCUCCCCGCGGCCCCGCAACGCCUUCACCUUCUCCAGCCAGGACCUGGGUGACCUGAUGCUCCCGCUGGCCUUGCAACUGCAGCAGAUGGAGAGCAACAAGGCCUGCAAUGUGUGGGAGCAAUAUCAAUUCUGAACUCUCCAAAAUGUUUUUGAAAGCGGAGUAGCUUUUAAAACGAUUUUUUUUUUU